AUGGAUUUUGCCAGUCGUCACCUUUUAUCUGAAUGCGAUCCAGGCAAUCUUUUGUACGAAGAUAAAGCGCCCAUAGAUCCAAAGGAUAUGCUGCCACGUGAAAAACGGGCCCCAAAAGCAAAGGAAUUGACUCGUUGGGAAAGAUUUGCCCAAAUGAAAGGAAUUAAAAAACGUAAAAGGUCUAAGAGGGUAUGGGACGAAGCUAGUCAAUCUUGGAAACCCAGAUGGGGCAAGGGUCGCGUGGAUUCCGUGAAGGAUAAGUGGGUCCUGGAAGUUCCCGAUAACGCAGAUCCUUAUGAAGAUCAGUUCGAAAAACUGUCACGAGCUCGAAGUGAGAGAAGGGCUAAGAAUGAAUUCGCGAAGUUGAAGAACAUUGCGCGAACUGUGAGGAAAGGUCAAGCCCCUCCUGUUGGGAUUCUGACCGAAUCGGAGGCUUCUAAAAAUGCCUUCAGCCGAGCUUUGGAAAUCACCAAACGCUCAGAUGCCUCUAUGGGUCGUUUUUCACAGGAAAUCAAUGAGCAAAAGAUUGCUAAAAAAGCAGAGUACGCUCAUCUUUCUUGUGGUUUCACCAUCUUUGUCAACUUUUUUGUAAAUAUUUUUAGAAAGAAGUGUUCAAUGAAAAACCGGAGUAAGAAGAGGAAGAAGAGCUGUCCUAGUCGUCACGCGAAAGGUGGGAAAGGUCGAGGUCGCCUUUCAAACAAGAAAUAA